CGCCAAGCCGCCAAGGACUUAGGCAAUGAGGAGCGUCGAAGCGUUUCUUGUUUCAUUGGUUGUUAUCGUAUGUUAGGUGUUAUGUAGCACGGCACUUCUGGCAGACGCUGUAAAUAAGCAAUAGAUUACUUGAUAAUUCCUUGUAUUGCUGAGUGACUUUGAUUACAUAACAUUGUAUCAGAUCUGUGUUGAUACAGUACCAACCUCACCAUAAUGUCAAAAUUGGAAGGCCCGAGCAGUAUGAGUCGCAAGACAAAGGACAAAGAUGCAACACCAGGGGCAGAAGGCGAAGAAGGAGAGGAAGAAUAUUCAGUGGAGAAGGUUCUGGACAGGAGGAUUCGAAAUGGCAGAGUAGAAUACUUGCUCAAGUGGAAAGGCUAUUCCAAAAUAAGUCGCCGCAGUGAGGACUUUGAUCGAGAAAACUGGAAAACCUUCCGCCAUCAGAGACACGCACACCUAGCUGAUGAAGAUAAUACCUGGGAGCCUGAGGAGAAUCUCGAUUGUCCAGACCUGAUUUCAGAGUAUGAGGAGAAUAGAAAGAAGAAGGAAGCGGCAAAGAAGGAUGAACGAAAGCGGAAGCCUGGAACUCCUGUUGAUGACAAGAAACCUGCUGCCAGCAAGAAAAAACAUGUAGAGGAAGAUAAUAAGCCAAGAGGAUUUGACCGUGGGUUGGAACCAGAAAAAAUUAUUGGAGCAACUGACUCAAGCGGAGAACUCAUGUUUCUUAUGAAAUGGAAAGGAACAGAUGAAGCUGACUUGGUACCUGCAAGGCAAGCCAAUGGCCGCUGCCCACAGAUCGUCAUUCAGUUUUAUGAGGAACGACUUACAUGGCACACUUCAAGUCAUGAUGAAGAUGAAGCGACAGCAGGGAAGGAUUCCACUGAAUGAAUGUGACAUCAUUCAUUUACAUUUAACUUGUAACUAGUUUGUUUACUCUUCUGACUCACUUUAGUUAAAAUUUCUAUCUUUACUUUCUUAUAUUCAUAGUAUAUUCUGGGAUGUAGAGCCAUUGCUAGGCAACGACCUCGAAAUAAGGAGCUAUGCAUCAGCUGUUGUUAGGUAAUGGCUACAACAGACAUACCUGCAACAAUAGCUGUUGGAAGUGGUGUUCUCUGUGCAGUCCUUGCUGAGGCUAUAAAACAAGGACCAGCAGCCAUAAGAGAAGAGUCUUGAGAUGAUUAUGAGAAGAGUAGGAAGUUGGUAUGAGAUGGUUGCCAGCCUGGAAGUCAGUCGAGAGUUUCUGUAACUGAGUCCGGGACUUCAGACGAAGGGGGAUGUCAGCCAUUGGAAGCCAUUACCAGAAGACUGGUGAAGACACAGCAGGCUGAAAAGACUUCAAGUUCUCUAGUGAAUUAAAUGCAGUGUGUUUGAAUUAAUGAAACAUAAUUACUUGUAGGCACAGAUCUGUAAGAGUUCAGUAAAUCCGAUUACCAAUCCAAACCCCAUAUAUAGUCACUAAAAUCAUGUGAGAAUAUAUAUAAGUAAGUGCUACUAUUGUGAAACAAAUCGAUCCAUAUGUGUUGACAUAGUUACCUAUUUUGAGCUUCCUUGACUACAGAAAAGUGGUUUUUGGAAUGCUGUCUGUAUAUAUGAAUGGAUAUGCACAUCGCUAGUGCCUGAAGUGGCUGACAUUCAUACUCGGUAUUUUUGAGUUUAUCAUAGGUCACUGCCUGGUAAAUGUGGACAUUCAAAACUCCAAAAGUGUGAACCCUUCAGAUGCCCCUCGCCCAGAACAAAAUGGUGAUUUUCUCAAAGACAGUUCUUAUGAUUUUGAUUUAAUUUUAAUAAUUUAUGGAGACCAUAUCCCUAAAAAAAACUGCAUAUAUGGUACCUUCAGGAAAAGAUUGAUACAUGCACUAGGGGCCUAAACAGGAAGUAGUGAUUUUAUCUAAACCUAAUUUACCAUAAGGGCAGUUGUGUUUGAGAAAGUAUGUGUAGUGUCUUCCCACCAAUUUCUUUUUCCUUUCCCUUACAGUUGUUUCGUGUUUGCCUGUCAGAGUGAUGUACACUAAGCUCUUAAUGUAAAUUUGUGUUACAUGUACAGGGUGCUGCUGUCAUUUGUGGUUUUUAGGAGGAUGAAUUUUCUUGACCAUUAUAUUGUCACGUGUUGGGUGUGUUACACGACAAAUAACUUUACGUGUGUCUCGGAUUUGGCAAAUCUUUAUUGGAUACUCACUGUUACACUCUUUACAAUUGUUAUCACUUAAACUGUAUUCUGCGGUGGCUAUCUUUCAACUGUAUAGUAUGGCGACUAGGUUGCAACUGUGUUGUUGCUGUCUGUAGCUCUCUGUGUUUUGCCUUCCUUCCAUCUGCCACCCCUUCUUCCAGAGUGUUCGCCCUGAGCACUUCCAGGGUCCAGCGGUUGUUGGUCCCAUUGGCUCACAUUCAUUCUUCACUUUUAAUCUUUCUUCGUUCGCCCUUACGGGGGAGGUCGGUACUUCUACCUUACCGGUUCCUUCCAUAUGGGCCGUUUCCUUUCUUCCGCUUUGGAGGGGGUCGACAUCUCCACAGUGUCCAAUUCUUGACAUUUUUGGUGGGACAGGAGAUUCGGUAAUUCGCUUCGCGGCCUCAUCCAGUCAUUUUUCUGUAGGGCUCGAUCCUUGUUCCUCUUGUUACAUUGCGGUUGCGCCCAUUGUGUCUUCCGAGCGUCCAUCCUCUCCAUGUUCCUCAUACCACAUUGUCCCCAGCAUGAACUUUCCCGACGGCAUUAUCCUUACCCCGUGCCACUCUUGCACAGUGGGUCGUUCUAUUUCUAGAAUCUACCAGUUCUCUCUGUGGGUGACACUUUUCCUGGGUAAAGUACUACUUUACAAUGUCUCUCUUGCGUCAUGCCACUGUUGCACGGUGGCUCAUCCCUCUGCAGGCGAUGGCCAAUUGUCUCUUCCGAGCGUCCAUCCUCUCCAUGUUCCUCAUACCACAUUGUCCCCAGCAUGAACUUUCCCGACGGCAUUAUCCUUACCCCGUGCCACUCUUGCACAGUGGGUCGUUCUAUUUCUAGAAUCUACCAGUUCUCUCUGUGGGUGACACUUUUCCUGGGUAAAGUACUACUUUACAAUGUCUCUCUUGCGUCAUGCCACUGUUGCACGGUGGCUCAUCCCUCUGCAGGCGAUGGCCAAUUUCUUCUGGGGUUUACAAUUUCACCGUGUCGAAUCCUUCUCUUUCUGGUGGCGGCGCUCUGCAGCCAGUUUUCGGUCCCUACGCCUUUUCUUCUUCGGUUCUGUGAGCGGCAUUACUUCGGCGUCUACUACGGGUACCUCUUCUUUCUGCGCAGCCUCAGGUUUCCUGCCCGGUGAGGCUGACUUCUUCUCAUCUCGACGUGCCUCCAUGUCUUGGCAGGCCAAUGUUUCAUCAUGGUUGUCGUUCCCCCAUUUGUCUGUCAUGGCAGCCAUCUCUUCUCACCAUGCUUUCAUUUCGGCCUGUCUGUCAUCCUCCAGUUUGGCUAGUAGUUUUUUGUGGCCGGUCUUCAUCUUUUUCAGGAGUUCCAUCAUCUGCUGUGAGUCCAUUCUAGCUCGUGUGGUGUUAUGGCACUCGAUGUGGUGUUAGACCAAUAAUUCUUCCAAAUUCGCUUCAGACUUCAAACUGAGCCAACUUUUGACACCAGUUGUCACGUGUUGGGUGUGUCACGUGACAAAUAACUGUACGUGGGUCUCGAAUUUGGCGAAUCUUUAUUGGAUACUCACUCUUACACUCUUUACAAUUGUUAUCACUUCACCUGUAUUCUGCAGUGGCUGUCUUUCAGCUGUAUAGUAUGGCGACUAGGUUCCAACUGUGUUGUUGCUGUCUGUGGCUCUCGGCUUAUGUAGGUGUUCUGCGGACUCAGUAGAGGACACCCCUCGCCAAGGUUCGAUCUCACGUGUUCGGCAAUCCGUUGCUUUGGGAACGCUGUUUAUACACUGGUAACAUGUUUUGUCUCAUCUGUUGUUACUCAACGGGCCUUCUGUUGUUCAUCUCUGGGGAGACACUCCUUCAUUGAUUCUGCAAUUCAUACGCAACGGCCCGCUGUUAUUGCGUUACUAUGGAAGUAUGUACUCCCAAACAUGUUACAGUAUAUAUUGUCACAUGUCAGUGACUUGACACACGGUUUGGGUUGGUAAUUGGAAUUACUAGGCGCCUAUAACUCAUAACUACAAAUGAUGAUAAUAGUCUAAUGAAUUCACACACUGCAUCACUACAACACACAUUAAGUCUUUUCAGUUUGUCUUCACUAGCUGUUGCUAGGUUACAGAUGCCAACUGUGUAGAUUCCUCAGCUUCUGCGUUCACUUCCAUACUGGCUGGUGACUGUUUCAGAGUUAACCAAUUGUCCAGCUUUCGAGCUGUGACUCUCAACUCAUGACAAACUCAUCUCAUCAGUCUGCUAUUUAGCCUCGGCACUUAAAGCAUAAAGAACACUGUUUCCAUCAAUGUCACUUAUUGUUGCAUGUAUAUCCAUUAUUAUGGAAAUAUGUCUACCUAACCAUUGCCUUGCAGCAGACCAUGUAAUCACGUCACAAUAUUAAAAGAAACAAACCAGUGAAAUUAAGAUUAACUCAAGUUUCUGUCAAUAAAUUUACAGUUUCAUUUUUUUUUUGUUGUGUGUCAUAUGUACCUGAUAUUGUAACUUGUCUCGGCCCAUGCCAGCCUUGAUGCUUCCUACAGUUACUGCUUCAGCAGCUAACUCUCCAGUACACCCUUGCGCCACACUUUGGGCAGCUUCACGAGAGAAAGUGAGUGAUUCAGAUAUGGUAAUUUUGGAGGUCAACCCGAAGGUACAUUACUAUGUUCACAAAAGCUGGUUCAUAUUCUGAACCAAAUGAAUCCAAUCCACAUUGUAUCCUCUAAUGAUUCAUUUGAGUAUUCUACCAUCUUGUUCUAAGUUUCCUAAAUCAGUGUUUCUCAGCCGCUGGGCCACGGCCUGGUAUCGGGACCUCCUUUUAUAGAAAAAAGAAUUUACUGGGCCAUGGUCUGACAAAAGUUGAGAACCGCUGUCCUGAAUGACUCCAUAUCCUAGGUUUUCUGACAUAUUUUAUGUACCUUUAUAAACUUACCUAUGAGUGCUUACCCAUCUUCAUCAAUUUUAUGUGGUGAAGAGCACAAACCAUAAAGCUCCUAUUUAGUAUGAGUGAAAAAGAAUUAUAAUCAACAUUGUUUGUAUAUCUUUGACAGUGACAACAGUGGUACGUCUGUUAUGUGACAUUUGUUAUGUUAUUCAAAAUAUCAUAAAAUGAUGUAACAAAACGUUUUUACUGUGGGGAGAAUUCUUGCAGAUCCAUAGUAUAUCUAAUCUGAAGCAAGGUAAAAAACUUUGUUUACUGCGCCCAGAAAACAUUAAGGAAAAAGAUCUUUAUUUUCCCAUUAAAUUCUGCUGCUAAGAAUGUGUUACUUAUAUAUUUUAAUUUGAAAGAGAAUGCAAAUAAGGGUUAAGUUGUGUGCUUUUUGUCAUUGAAUUCUCUGUUUCAAAUAACAACCAGAGCAGUGUCCUAUCGUGGUUCAUGCUCAUAUCCCACAGUCUGAAACUGUGUGCCAUAUUGUUUUGACACUCUUAUUUUUAGAAUUCUACCACUUAUUGAAAAAUUGUUGUCUUGGAUAUAACGCCAUCUAGUUCAUUGAAAGUCGGUUGACAUUUCAGAGGAAUAUAUCGCCUCCAUCUUCAGGGUCGAAGAACAAGCCAAGCAAGAGACCCGCAUGAAAACAGGCGACAUGCAUCAUUUUCAAGGCAACAAAGAGGGAUGCUUUGAUGUGGCAUCUGUUCAGAGUUUUCCACCUGCUUUCUUGCUGGUUUCUUGCUUGGCUUAUUCUGUGACCCUGGGGAUGAGAGUGAUAUGUUCCUCUGAAAUGUCGGUUUACUUUCUGCAGGCCGCAUGGCAUAUUGUGGAAGUUGAGUAUUCUUCAUAACCACUGCUGUGAGAAUCUCAGUUCCUAUGUACCCUUGAAUGUUACACAUUAUCAUCAGUAGCGAUUGCCUGUGGCAAUAACAUGCAGAUAAUCUAUACAUUGUUUUAUCGAGUGUUGUGGUUAGGUAGUUCAUAGUCAGGAGAUCCUGGCUGCUCUGCCUCAGAUUUUUGUGGCUUUUAUUUCUGCAUAUUAAAUGUCAUUAAAA